AUGGACACUUCGCAUACGGCUUCACCGCCUCCGUCGGGAAAAGACAUCUCCCAGCAUUCGUCGACGGUCCACCCACCGCCUCCAGCCGCCUUCCCACCGGCUGCCCACUUUCGUACAGGAUACAAUGUUGGAGGCAAAGAUCCAGGUGCGUCGAACAGUACCGGCUACUGUACGAAAAUCCUCACCGUAUUCUCCAUCCUCGUCAUCGGCGCCACGUUUCCAUUUUCUCUCUGUCUUUGCAUUAAAAUCGUUCAAGAAUACGAGAGAGCAGUGAUAUUCCGACUGGGUCGACUGCUUCAAGGCGGCGCCAAAGGACCGGGUCUGUUCUUCAUUAUCCCAUGCAUCGACACCUACAGCAAGGUUGAUCUCCGUACUGUGUCUUUUGACGUGCCACCUCAGGAGAUACUCUCAAAGGACUCCGUGACGGUGGCUGUAGACGCUGUCGUUUACUAUCGCAUCAGCAAUGCCACAAUCGCGAUCACCAAUGUAGAGGAUUAUGGCCACUCUACACGCCUGCUGGCCGCCACCACACUUCGGAACGUUCUCGGAACAAAAAACUUAUCGGAAAUCCUAUCUGAACGCGAGUCUAUAUCUCACGUUAUGCAGUCUUCCCUCGAUGAAGCGACAGAUUCGUGGGGAGUGAAAGUGGAACGAGUUGAAAUAAAAGACGUUCGACUGCCCGUACAACUCCAGAGGGCCAUGGCGGCUGAAGCAGAAGCGACCCGAGAAGCUAGGGCCAAAGUGAUUGCUGCUGAAGGAGAACAGAGAGCUUCGCGAUCGCUCAAAGAGGCGGCAGAGGUGAUCGCGGAAACUCCAUCGGCGUUGCAGCUCCGUUAUCUGCAAACACUGACAUCGAUCGCGGCCGAAAAGAAUUCCACCAUCGUGUUUCCACUGCCCAUGGAAAUCAUGCGGAGCAUCAUCUAUUCACAACACCACAACAACAACAACAGUUACAACAACCAGCAACACAACAUGACCAAUACGAUGCACGAAAAGAAUAACCGAAAUAUGCGGCAUACUGAAAAAGAUCUUAGCAGAGGCGACGAUGAACCCACCGAACCGUUCCCACCUCUUCCAGAUGAAGAAAUACUCGACGUGCCUCUGAUAUCAUAA